AUGAUUUCGACUUAUUUGUUCUUAAUAGUUCUCGUCAGUACUAUUUCGGCUAUUGUAACCGCAGCGGAUGAAUAUUUUGAAGGUGACGGAACAAGUUACACGCUUGGCCAGAUUAGCAGUGGUAACUGUAACUUUAUGUCGGCCAUUCCAUCUGCAUCGACCAACUACGUUGCUAUCAAUCAAGCACAAUGGAAUAACCAACGUGGAUGUGGACGAUGCCUUGAAGUAUCAUGUAUCGAUGAACGGUGUAAAGUGCACAACAAAACUGCCAUCGUACAAGUGCUCGACCGUUGUCCGGAAUGUGCACAUGGUGCAGUUGACUUGUCGCCGACUGUAUACAAAGAGAUCACGGGCAUGGAUCCACACCGUUUGAAAAUGCGGUGGCAUUUUGUGAAUUGUCCUAAUCCGGGCAAUGUAAAAGUGUGUCUUAAAGAAGGAAGUGGUUCCGAAUGGAUCGCCAUACAACCAACAAACGGCGUGGUUGGUGUCGAGAGUGUUAUGAUUAAUGGAGCAACCACGACUAUGCUUGAUGGUGCGUAUUAUUACGUCUUGGUUACGAAAAAAGCAAAUCUAUCGGCUGUCAAGGUGAGUAUUACUUCAAUUACUGGAGAAAAGAUCGAUGGAACCUACUCGCUCAAAGUUGGUAAAUGCACCGAUACAAUGAAACAAUUCAAAACUGGGUCGACUACGUCCCAGUCACCCACACCGAGCACGACACGAGCUACUCCGACGGCCACUCCAACAUCUCCAACUGCUACCCCGACGGCUUCUCCGAAACCUCCAACGGCUACUCCAACAUCACCGACUGCUACUCCGACAGCUGCUCCAAAAGUUCCGAAAUCUCCGAGUUUCCCAAAGUUUGCUCCUCCAGCUACAUUUACGUUUCUGACAAAAUCUACCACAGAUCCAACUCAGACAGAUCUAAGCAAUGAUGUUGGUCAGGAAGCAAAUUCUUCAGACUCACAAAUUGACCAGACCCCGCAAAUUGAUGACACGUCAGGAACGGACCAAAAUGCGCUUAUUCAUCCACCGGAGAAUGAAAUAUCCACGUCGAAAACACCAAUUUCUACGAUCACGCCUGAUGUCGUGCCUGCUACUCCAGAAGCUAAUAUCACCACCUCUGAGGUUCCAAGUGCUGCAUCAAGCAACGUGCCGUCACAAACUGAUGAUGCGUCGAAAUGCCGCGUGAAAGGUCGUCAUCGCCGUGCGUAG